AAGGGUUUUUCCUUCUACUUCUCUCCUUGUUUCGUUCUUCUUCACCGAUUUGUCACCGGUACCGUUUUUUUCCAAACUCAUUCACUUCACCGAGUUCUCAUUCCUCCUUUCGUUCUAUCAAUGGCAGGAGGUAAAAUGAAGAAGGAAAAGGGGAAACCCUCACAACACACACCCUACCAAGGUGGAAUUUCUUUCCAUAAAUCUAAAGGUCAACAUAUACUCAAAAAUCCACUACUUGUUGAUUCAAUUGUUCAGAAAUCUGGAAUCAAAACUACGGAUGUUGUGCUUGAAAUCGGUCCCGGUACCGGUAAUUUGACUAAGAAGCUUUUGGAUGCCGGUAAGAAGGUUAUUGCGGUUGAAAUCGAUUCUCGUAUGGUUCUUGAGCUUCACAAACGGUUCCAAGGAGUCCCUUCAAGUCGCCUCACGGUUAUCCAAGGUGAUGUGCUGAAAACUGAGCUUCCUUAUUUUGACAUAUGCGUGGCGAAUAUUCCAUAUCAAAUAUCCUCUCCUCUCACAUUCAAGUUACUCAACCACCAGCCUUCAUUUAGGUGUGCAAUCAUAAUGUACCAGAGAGAAUUUGCCAUGAGAUUGGUUGCUCUGCCAGGUGACAAACUCUAUUGCCGUCUUACUGUAAACACACAACUCCACGCUCGUAUCUCCCACCUCCUCAAAGUUGGAAGAAACAAUUUCAGGCCUCCACCAAAGGUUGAUUCCUCCGUGGUACGUAUUGAGCCUAGAAAGCCUCGUAUUGAAGUUAACCAAAAGGAAUGGGAUGGAUUCUUAAGAAUCUGUUUUAACAGAAAGAACAAAACACUCGGUGCAAUAUUCAGGCAAAAGAAUGUGAUAUCUAUGCUUGAAAAGAAUUACAAGACCGUGCAGGCACUUAAAAUCUCUCAAGAAGGCUUGUUGAUGGAAGCAGACAAUAAAGUCGACUUCUCAAAUUUUGCUGAUUUUGUUGACGAUCAAGAGAUGGAGGUGGAUGAUGAUGGAGUAGAUGAUGAUGAGGAUGAAAUGGAGCUUGAAGAUGGGGUUGCAAAUGGGGCUCAAUCUGAAUUCAAAAACAAGGUUUUAGGUGUUCUGAAAGAAGGAGAUUUUGAAGAGAAGAGGUCGUCCAAACUCUCCUUGCAGGAGUUCUUAUACCUGCUUUCUCUAUUUAACAAAACGGGCAUUCACUUUACCUGAUUAUAUGUUUACCAUUAUCCAAUUUUGUUUACAGUGUUUAUUUUUCCUUUCGAAAAAGAGUAGUGUCUGAUUAAAUGGUCUUUGCAACUUCUGCACUGUAUUUUGUUGAGCUCAUUCAUUAAUGUAUACCUAUAUAGUUGAGACA